AUGCUCGAAGCUGUGAAAAAUUACAGCCUCUUCCACGACCUGAAUGGCCGACUCAUGCUCAUCGGGGCUGUGUCCUCGCUCGGUGCCAUGGGCUUCGGCUUCGACAAUGGCUGGUGGGGAGGAGCCUUGGGCCUUUCGGAGUUCCAGCGAAAGUAUGGAGAAUGGGAUGAGGACUUGGGCCAGUACAGUAUCCCAUCACACAAGACAUCGGUGGGAACAGGGACGGGGUCGGCUGGUAUCAUUCUCGGGUGCAUCAUCGCUCCGUUCGUGACUACCACGCUUGGGCGUCGCAAUGCGUUUCUUGUGAUGUCCGCAUUAAUGUCGGUCGGUAUUACACUGGAAGCAUCAGCAGUGACCUCCUUCUGGCAGCUGGUUGUUGGCCGCAUUAUUGUGUAUUCUGGGAUUGGAUUGGCGUCGAACUGUGUCCCCUUGUAUCUGUCUGAAUGCUCUCCUCCACGGAUCAGAGGUGCAUUUCUCGCUCUCUACAGUUUCUUUAACUCGCUGGGUGUAUUUCUCGCGUCGAUUGUUGUCUAUUUGUCUCGUAACCGGCAAGACAAGUGGCAGUACCUGAUUGUGAUUCUGUGUCAAUUGAUGGUUCCUGUCGGAUAUGUAACCUUCUUUGCGUUCCUACCUGAAUCUCCAAGAUACCUCGUCUACCGCGGCCGAUACGAUGAAGCUGAAGCCGUCCUUCGCUCGCUGUCAAACCACCCAGAGACAAUCCCACAAGAAGUCGAGCUGCUCAAGGUGCAAGACCUUGAACAACGCGAACUUCACCGCGCGACGUCUAUAUGGGAUUGUUUCCAGGGUACGAAUCUCCGCCGCACGAUUAUCGCCAUGGGCGUUCAGAUCCUGCAGCAGGCGCAGGGUGUCUCGUUUAUCCAGAACUUCGUGGUCACCUUUAUGGAGCAGCUGGGAUUCCCUGACCCACUGCGGAGUAAUCUCCUGGUGACAGGGUGCAGUUUCGCCGUGCACAUUAUUACUUUUCUUACUUUUGAUAAGAUUGGCCGAAGACCGUCAUUGUUCCUGGGAUCUAUCCUCCUCGCUGGGACGAUGCUGGGGACUGGGGUGGCGACGAGUACAGGGACUGCUGGCAACUAUUCAUCCACCGCAGCCGAGGCAUCUGUUGCGCUUCUUAUUCUCUGGUACUGCAUCUACGGCUUUACCUGGGGCCCUGGAUGCUGGGUCGUGGCUGGCGAGGUUGGAACUGGCCAGCUGCGAGAGCGGACGCUGUUUCUGGCUUCGAUGGGUAGUUUUGUGACUUCAGUGCCUAUCAACUUUGUCAACCCGUAUGUCCAGGCCGAUCUAGGUGGCGCCGUUACCUUCAUCUAUGGGGGCUUCUCGGUGGUCGCCGCCGCCUGGGUGUGGCUCAUGCUUCCUGAGACGAAAGAUCGGUCGCUGGAGGAGUUGGACGACAUGUUCCAAGCGCGGAUACCAACCAGGGAGUUUAAGCAUCAUGUCUGCACGGGAUUGGGCGCUGCAAUUACCGGGCUGGAUCGAGUCGAUGGUAAGGUUUCUGCAGAAUGGGUGGAAGACGCGAGGUGA